GCAUGUGCCAUAUAUAUAUAUAUAUGUUAACUUCAAAAAACUCGUUUUAAACGCAUUUAACUGAGUUUUUAUAAAAAACUUUUCAAAAGCACGUUAAUUUUCAUCGAAAUUUCAUCAUUACACCUCAAAAGGAUUUGAGUCACAAAAAUGAAUAACUUGGUAAUUCCACCAUCCCCGAAUUGGUAUGAAUCAAAGGUACUCACGUGUGCCGUGGAUGGUACGUUAGUAUAUGGGGCCCAAAACGAGAUAAUCAUAAUUAAUCCUACGGAGCAAGAUAAAGCAGCUGAUGUUAAAACGUUUCCAAGGGCUCAUUACGCAAGAGUAUUAUCUGUUGAUGUUAACUCAAACUGGGGGUUAGGAAAUAAAUUGGUUGUAUCAGCAAGUGAAGAUAAAAUCAUUCAUUUAUGGAAUGCUGAAACAUAUUUGUUACAUUCUACUAAUUCAACUCAUACUACCCAAGAAGAUAAAUUAAUAGGCUCUGUAUUUUUGGGAAUUGAUAAAAUUGUCAGUAUUUCCGAAAAUGGUUUUAUUUCACUCUGGAGAUUCAAAUCAGGCGAAACAAUCACGUUUAAAAACAUUUUUGGGUUUAAAUCACGUAUAACAACAUUAACAGCUUGUCCCCAUCUUAGUUGGAUGAUGGCGUUUGGUUUAAGUUGUGGGUUAGUUGUUAUUGCUGACUUAAGAAAAACUGGGCGGGUUAUUUACAAACUUAGGGGACAUGAUAAAAGCAUUGUGUCUUUAUCUUGGUGUCCAACACCAUUUAACAUUUUUCCUAAAAAGGUUAUCAAAACUGCUUCUGUGAAAAUUGAACGAAAAGUUGAAGAGGAAGCACAUCAAGAUUUGAGUACAGAUAAUGUUGAAACUACUAAUGAUAAUCAAGCCUUAUUAGAGACUGAAACUGAAGAAAAUGGUGAAAUCAAAAAAGAAAUUGAAAUUAAAACUGAAUGUAUUGAAGUUAAGACUGAAAUGGAUGAAUCUAACACAAUUGAGAAAGAAGGAGAUGCAAUUUGCGAAAUUGGUGAUUUGAAAAAAGAAAUUGAUGAGGAUAAUAAACAAAUUGAAAUAGAAGUAAACUCUAUUCAAGUCAAUUCAUCUUUGGAUACGAAUAUUAAAAUUGAAUCUCAAACAGCUCUAUCAAAAGACUAUCUUUUAGCUUCUUCUGCAAGGGAUGGUUCAAUUUGUAUUUGGAGGGCAGGAACUGAUGGUCGCAAACAAAUGGAAUUAUCUGGAAGAGUUAGUAAGGCAAAAAAUUGGAGAAAUGCUGCAAAAUCUUGGGUUUCUCUAUGUUGGAUUACCCCGGAGAUUUUAUUGUCCUCAUCAAUAACAGCAGAACUUUUACAGUGGAAUUUAUUAAAACAAACUAAUAGAGGACCUGAAAAAAAACUUGUGCAUCACGACCAUAGCAGUAAUUUAUUUGUGAUUGCAGCUCCAAUUAUUUUAAUACCAGAGUGGAAAAAUGAAAAUAAAUCGCAAUGUUUGUUCGCUUGGACUAUUGGGCAAGAAAGAUAUUUAUUAAAUACAAGUCUUCAAGCUGAUCGAACGAUCGUUGCUUCUUUACCGACUCUUGGAGGGCAUAUUUAUAGUUUAAAAAGUUCUCUUUUAGAUCCUUCAAGAUUGGCAAUUGGAAUUGGUGAUAACACAGCUAGAAUUUGGGAUCUUAGCAGACCCCAUAAGCAAUGUGUUACAAUGGCUAAUUUAUGGCAAAAAAUCCAAGGCAGAGUUCUUGCUUUAGCUUGGCAUCCAACAGAAGAAAAUAUUUUGGCUUAUGGAACAGCAGAAGGAAGGGUUGGAACAAUAAAUACAUGCUCAAAAAAAACGAAUUUAUUAUGUCAAUAUUUUCGUAACGCAGUUUAUGAUAUGGAAUGGGGUCCAAUCGACUCCAAUAUUAAUAAUUUAGGACUCUACGCUGUAGGUGAAGGAAAAUUAGUUGUUUAUAACACAUCAAAAGAAAACGAAGAUCCAAAACUUGUUGAUUCCUCAACAAAAGAACAGAUUCAAUGUCUCACUUGGAAGUCCGAUUUUACCAUUUUAUCAUGUGGCACAAAAACCGGUUCAAUUUUGAUUUAUAACACCUCUUUAACGCAUUUAACAACAAUAUACAGCGAUUAUAAAAGCAUUUAUGGGAUUAGUUGGCAUCCUUUGGCAACUGCUGAAGAUGAAGGAAUGUCCCCAAUGUCUUCUUGGCUGGCGAUUUCCUCAAGUUCCACUUCCGUUGUUGUUUUUGAUAUAAAAUCUGACCAAGGAGAGGGCGAUAAAAACAAAGAUAUACAAAAAAUUGUUUUAAACCGGCAUACCAAACCUGUAAGAUGUAUCGCUUGGAGUCCAUAUGUUGGAGGAAGACUCGUUUCCGGUGGAGACGAUGGAGUCAUUCACGUUUGGGAUGUUAAAAAUAAAUUGGUAUUAGCAACAUGUAUUGAACAUCUUGCAGAAGCGAUUUUUACUGUUCUUUGGAGCCCACUUGAUGAGAAUUUUAUUAUAUCUGGUGGGAGAGAUAAUUUUAUUAGGAUAUGGAAUGUUAAUGAACAAAAACCGAAAACUGACGAAGAAAUUAAAAAAUCAUUAGAAACUUAUUUAUCGUUCCGCAUGGAUAAAAAGAGACUAACUAAAGAUCAAAAUGACGAUGAUAAAGAUAUAAAAGUCCAAAGAGGUGUUAUGCUAAAUUUAGCUUCAAAAGCACAAAAUACCCCUGAAAAGGCGAUGAAUGAUUGCGUGAGAUUGUUUAAAAAAUUAAAUCCAGAUGAAGUUGUGAAUAUUGAAGAGAAAGAGAGUUUAAGAAACGAUUUUGAUGUUUUGAAAUUGUUUGAUGAUAAAGAUAAUAUGUUGCAUAUUUUAAAUGAAGAAUGUAAAAAUCAUAAAGAUAAGAAAAAAUAUCAACAAAGUCAACAUAUAGAUUUAUGGAAAGGUGAUAUAACAGAAAGUUUAACAAAAGCUAUAUCAGGAGGAAACGUUACACCUUGGCUAAUAAAUUUAGCCCCUAUGGUUUCAAUUGAUUUAUGGAAACAAGCUUGCGAGGCUUACGCAAAAAAGUUAGUAGAAGAUGCUAAAUCAGAUCCAAUAGAAACCGCUUCUUAUUUAUUAAUGUGCCACAAAGUAGAAGAAGCAAUUGAAGUUUUAUGCACAGCCACAUUGUAUCGAGAAGCUUUAGCUAUAGCGAAAUGUCGCCUCUCGAAAAAUGACCCAAUCAUCGAAGAAAUAUUGAAGAAAUGGGCUACAUAUGGUGUAAUUAGUGGAGCUUACGAAGUUUCAACACAAUGUUUUAUUGUUCUUGGACAAUACGAAGAAGCGGCGAAAGUUUUAUUUAAACGAUCUGACAUUGAUUCAUUGAAAUUUGCUGUUGUUUUAGCCGAAAAAUCGGGAAAUAAAGAUCUGAUUAAUGCUUGUAUUACAAGAUUUAAUAUGUUUAAUAAUGUUAAUGAGACAGAAAAUGAACAAAGAAAAGAAAUUAAAAAUGAAAUGGUUGAAAUUAAAGAUGAAAUGAUUAAUAGUGAAGAUGAAAUUAAUCAAGUUAAAGAUAAACCAAUUGAAAUUAAAAAUGAAAUGAUCCAAAUAAAAAAUGAAUCUGUUGAAAUUGAUGAUGAUAUUAAGGUUGAAAAGCAAGAUAAAAUUGAAAUUAAAAAUGAAAUGGUCGAAAUUAAAAACGAAAUGAUUCAAAUAAAAAGUGAAUCUGUUGAAAUUGAAGGUGUUAAGGUUGAAAAGGAAGAUAACAUUGAAAUUAAAAACGAUAUUGAUAAACUUAAAAAUGAUGAGGUUGAAAUAAAAGAUGACCAUGUUGAAAUAAAUGAUGAAAAUGUUAUAAUAAAACAUGAAACUAUUGACGCAAAAGAUGGAGAAAAUGUUUUGCAGGUGAAAGACAACACCAAAGGAGAUGAAUAAACUUUAUUUCAGUUAACUAAAAAGUUUUAAAUUUUUAGGUUGAUUAUUAAUUUUGUUUAAGUUGUACGUUUGAAGAAGCGUUGUUAUGUUUUGAUUACCUAAGAAUAAAGUAUUAUUUUUUGAACUGGG